CAAUAAUCACAACCCGCAGGCCUCUUCCAUAAUGCCAAACGAGGCAUCAGACGUCCUCUUUACCGAUUAUGCCCUCCUACUAUAUGUGCGACAGCAUUCACUCGCCUCCGACUACCGUCUCGUCACUCCCCCACGCGUCGUCGCAAUUGCAGCCCAUGUAACAACCUCCCUCGAAGCUGCGCAAGAGCUCUUGGCAUCAUUCUCGGUGCUGAAGGAAGAUGGACGGCUUAAUAUGAGGGAGAGGUUGGAUGUUGGGAAGGCUGUGGUUAAGUUCUUGACGGAGGUGACGCGUGCGCCGGAGUUGAAGAGGGAUGAGUGGGAUAUUAGGGAGGGAGCAAAGAUCAGGUUGACGGUAGCCUUGCUGACGAGGAAGGCUGAAGAGGGGACGAGAACGACUUUGAAGAGGGCUGGACCGUAUGCUAUGGGUGAGGUGGUAAAGGGGGUGAGCAUUGAUAAGGAAGAGGAGGAUGAGGAGGUUGCGCGGGGUGUGAAGGAGAUGGAGGAAUUAAAGUUGUCCGAUCGGAAACUGGUAAUGGGUCCGGAUAUUGGGGAGUUUUUGAGGAGUACGGUGUUGUUGGCGAAGGAUGUUAAGGAGGGGACGGAUGAAAUUCCUGAUUUCGAGAGACCGGAGGUUGAGAAAGCACCGCUUACGAUUGAAGUCCCUCUUUUACCUCGAGACCUUGUGACGACGAAAUUUACGUUUUCUCCCGCCACUCUACCGGCUCUAUGUCACUCACUUCCUCAACAUGACCCAUCAAUAUCAGCCCGCAAUCAUAUCGAAGAGUUGCAAGAUCUGAUGGCGGCGGAUGGUCUCUCAUCCGCUUCGCCGUCCCUUUUUGAGGCUCCUCCUUCGUCCUCGCCAAUUCCCACGUUCAAGCGACCGAGAGACUGGGCAGUGGAGACACCGUUGACUCCACCGAUGAGCAUACACAAGAAGAGAGUCAUUGAAUCAUUCAUAACCAUAGCCGAACUAGGUUUACGUCCGUUACUUGAUACGACUCUGCCUUCUACGCCCGACAUCACGGCGGUACUUCCUACCAAUGAAGAUGGUCUCAACAAGAGGUUCGUUUUGAGAGAAAGACUGGACGAAGUUGAUGGAACAAUGAGAGUCGCCAUGGCAGAGGAGAAGUUGGCGCCAAUCUUGGCACACUUGCGUACACCUCCGUUACCUCUUGAUCUUGCUGAACUCAUACACCCUCCUCGGCGGAUGAAAGAAUUUGAAGCUAAAUCUAUCAUCUCUUCAGCAAGCGGAGUGAAGAGUCUCAGUUUGGAUCUGAGUUGGAAGCCGUUCACAGGGAAGGUAAGGUAUGUGCCCGACGAUGGCGGAGAUGGCGAGGGGAGGAUUGAGGAGGUGUGGGCUCCCUUCGUGGGCACAGUGCAAGAGGAGGAGGAUUUCAUGGAUACACUGUAUCGUGCCGCCGAAUCAGAUGGAUUGGACGAUGUUGGCGGAGCAGCUAGGUGUCAGGAAGAUCUGCCUGAGGAUUACGUGAUGCUGGAUGUACCGUCUGUGGGCGAUAUGGUGUCGCUUAGCUCCGGCCACAGUGUGGUAUCUCGGCUUUCACCGGAUCACAGAAACCACUCGCCAAGAAAGAGUUUCUCCAGGAUAUCACGGCCUGUCGAAUCACCGAUGAGGCCGGCUCCGGUCACAACGAUGAACGGCAUCGCCAACCCAGCAACAAUGGAAGCUUUGCUAUCCUUGCAUAUGUCGAGAAAAAAAGAUACCAAACCGCAAGAGCAGACAUUCUCAGCGGUCUCAUCACUGCAGCGGUUCAUGGUCUUGCGUGGUAAAAGAGAUGCAGUUGAAGUGGAGUCUGCGCCCGUUCGCGUAAAACACCCUGGUGAGACUUCCAGCAAGGCACAACCUGCUCCAAUUGUCCAAGAUUCCCUCCUUGAGGAUACACGAGCAACAGUGAUACCGACAUUGGAGACUGACGAUGGAACUUUGUCACGAACUUGCUGGGUACUCAACACCUCCCUACUACGCUUCUCACGCCUGUCGCGGUUGCUCAGAGAGCUGAACCCAUCGGUGCGCUUCGUCGAACGAGAUCUUGAAAUCUCCGAAGCCGCAGAUAAAGAAAUCACACUGGGUUAUGAAGCCGAUUUGACCCCUUCGCCAACGUGCGGCAUACUCUUCAUUACUGUGCAAACUCUGGUUCAGCAGCGGACAGGUGAUGGCCAAGAGCCAGGGCCACUGAGACGAGUUCGCUAUUGUAGCGCACUUUAUGAUAAUGUUGAGAUUGUCGUUGGAUUGUCUGACAAGGUCAGCAGAAAUGAAGCCAAAGCAUUGGCAGCUUUUGCUGGUUGGAUUGGGUCGCUGCAAGCCGGCAAUCCUCAUACUUCGAUAAAGUGGUUAUCAGCCGCCGGGCCUGAGGAACAGGCGAGGUGGUUAAUAUGGAUUGCUCGGGCUUAUUCAUCAGGGUCUCAGGAUCUGCAGAUGCAAGAAGAAGAGACAGCGCACGAACGUUUCCUUCGUCGAGCAGGCUUGAAUUGCUUUUCAGCAUUGUUUAUUCUCUCCCAAAUGCCAUUAAAACAGUUCGUAACUAUCACCUACGCGGAACGAACGCAGUAUUUUGGGAAAUAUCUGGGUCACUCAAGGCUGCAAAAGCUCACUGAACUGAUGGAGGGCGCGGUGACAGAAUCGGAUGCAUUUAUAAGUAGUAAUAAAUUGAGGUGAUCGGUUGAUAGGAGUUUGAUACGUAUACGAGGUACAACAUUUGCGUUGACAAGUCAUCAUGUUGUGUCUC